AGCCGUUCGUUCUGCUUUCGAAUAGAUAGAGAAGAAGAAACCCUAGCCCCCCAAUUUCGAAACCCUAAUCGUCAAAAUCAUCAGCUAUCCUCAUGGCCGGAGGUAAGAAGCGAAAGGUCCGUCCUUCUGAGCCGGAACCCCAACCUCUACCUCAGGUGGUCGAAGCUGAACCAGAAGUUCAAGUACAAGAGGAACAGAUCGAACCGGAACCCGAACCCGAACAACAGCUACAGACCAACGAAGAACUAGAACAACAACCACAAGAAGAAGAAGAUCCGGCGGAAAACAUGGAGGACGACGAGAACGGCAACGGAGGAGAGCAAGAGGAGGCCCUGGAAGGCGGUGACGAAGCGAUAAAGACGGAACAGGAAGCCAAUGGCAAGGAAGAAGAGGAGGAGGAGGAGGAGGAGUUGGAGGAAGAGCCCGUGGAGAAGAUUCUGGAGCCGUUCGGGAAGGAACAGCUGGUCGUUCUCGUCAAGGAAGCUGUUUCGAAGCACCCUGAGCUGAUGGAGCUCCUGCACAAGCUGGCCGACGCGGACCCCGCCCACCGCAAGAUCUUCGUGCACGGCCUUGGGUGGGACACCACUGCCGAAACCCUGACCAGCGUCUUCGGGAAGUACGGGGAGAUCGAGGAUUGCAAGGCUGUGGUGGACAAGGUAUCCGGCAAGUCCAAGGGUUACGCGUUUAUCCUGUUCAAGCACAGGAGUGGGGCCCGAAAGGCCCUCAAACAGCCCCAGAAGAACAUAGGGAACCGUGUGACGUCGUGCCAGCUGGCCUCGGCCGGGCCGGUCCCGGCUCCUCCCCCCACGGCCCCGCCUGUUUCCGAGUACACCCAGCGAAAGAUUUUCGUGAGCAAUGUGGCGGCUGAGGUGGACAUUCAGAAGCUUGUUGAGUUCUUUUCGAAGUUUGGUGAGAUUGAGGAUGGGCCUUUAGGGAUAGAUAAGCAAACUGGGAAGCCCAAAGGGUUCUGUCUAUUCGUGUAUAAGUCGGUUGAGAGUGCAAAGAAGGCACUGGAAGAGCCUCAUAAGAACUUCGAAGGUGUGACCCUGCAUUGCCAGAAGGCAAUUGAUGGUCCUAAACCUGGGAAACCCUUUUUUCAGCAGCAUCAGCAGCAGCAGCAACAUCAUCAUGGUCAUCACCAGCAGCACCAUCCUUACUCUUCCAGGAAGGACAAGAACAAGUAUUCAGCUGGUGGUGGGGCUGGACCCGGACACCUCAUGGCUCCGUCCCGGCCUUCCAUGGGCUUCAAUCCUGGGGUUGCGGCGGCUCCUGCGCUGAACCCGGCUCUUGGGCAGGCGUUGACAGCUCUUCUUGCUUCUCAGGGAGCUGGGUUGGGGCUCAAUAACCUGCUUGGGGGACUUGGAGCACCCAUGAACCAGGGCGUGCCGCAGGUGAUGAACAAUGCUGGUGGAUAUGGGAAUCAGGCUGGUGCGAGCUAUGGAAAUCAGCAAGGGAUGCAGGGCGGGUAUCAGAACCCGCAACUGGGGCAAGGUGGUGCUGGUAGGACACAGCCUGGUGGUGGUGCGCCUUACAUGGGUCACGGUUACUAGCCUCUUCGAUGUUCCAGACAUGGAACCAACUUUGACAGCAUGGCUUUCAAAAAAUUUCAAAUGGCAUCAACUGAUUCUCUGAACUUCUCUUAUGAAUGUUGCUAUUGCCGGUGAUGCGAAAAUGAGAUUUUCCAAGAGCUUUUCCUUUUCCUUUGUUUCCUUUUUCCUAUUCUUUUGGUUUUGGCUAGACAAGUCGGCAUAAGUAUUGGUUAUCAUAAUAGUUGUUAUGGUGGAGGGUAUGGUGGUAAGACUAGUUUGGAUGAUAAACAAAUUUUGGCAGAUCUUUGGGUAAUUUAGCACCUUCUCGAUUCAUGACGUGGAAAGAACUCUUCUUUGUUAUUGGGGAGUAAUAGCUGCUGAGUCAUGUCAAGUGAAAAGUUACUGUGAGUUCAGUUUCUUGAAGUGAUGUUUGAAAGUCUUCCAAAAGGAAUAAAAUUUACUUGAUGAGGCUCA